CCCUCCUACCCCUCGCAGUUCAUGAGUUGAUAUCAUCCACCACCACCCCCUGGUUUGGCGACAUUCAGACUGCCGCCCCGGCGCGGCCAACCCGCUACCAAACAAACAUCUUAGACAGGUGCCCGCUUCAUCCUCACCAUGGACGCCUUUAUCCCCAUGGGUGGCGUCCGACCGCCCGCUUUCCAGCGCAGGCUGAGCCGCUUGUACAAUGACACGAAGAAGUCGUCCGACUUUGUCAAGGAUCCCGUUCACCAUGCCGAGGCCGACCCCGAGAUCAAGUCGCUACACCGCAAGCUGCGCAUCCAGAAGGACCGCCUCGUGACAUGGGGUCUCGAGUGGUCCGACCCCAACCAGUCGGCGGAGGUGCUGAUCGACUCGUCGCUCUCCAAGGCCGGGCUUAGCGAGGUCGUCGGCAGCAUCAUGUCGACUAUCAAGGACAUUCUUGCCGAGGCCGAGCCGCUCUGGAAUAGCUCGCGCCGCCUGGCGGGCGAGAAGGUUGAACCCGAGGCUGCCCCGAGGCGGGGCGAGAAGAUCCGGAUGGUUGUCUGGGACAAGAACCGGUUCGAAGAUCUGAUCCGCGACCUGACCACGUCCAUCGACACGCUCUACGACCUCUCGAGGACGCGGUCAUCGCAAGCUUCGGCCGCUGUCCGGCAGACCCUGUCCGCGCCGUCCCCAGCCCCGGAGGACCUCCGCCCGUUCGAGUCGUCCCGGAUCCAGACGCCCCAGCAGAUCGACCCCCAGUCUCUCACCAACCUGCGCUCCAUGCAGGCCGAGCCGAUGACGGAGCGGGCCGAGCAGGCGCAGUCCCGCGAGAUCGUCUUCAUGAGCAAGCAGGCCUACGCCGAGCUCACCCAGACCGCCGCGGGCGUGAGGCAGCCGCACGCACCGCUGCUGCUCGAGUACGCCGCCUUCGACUCCAUCUACUCCGUGACGGGCAUCUCGCCGCCCAUGGCGCGCUUCGAGAAGGUGUCGGCCGGCCUGCAGUCGGAGCCGCAGCGGUCGCCAGGGUCAUGGACGGGCCUGCCGCGCCUGCUGGGCUACUUUGAGGACAUGGAGAACGCGAGGUUCGGCCUGGUCUACCAGUUCCCGCGGACCUUCAACCCCGUCACCUUUGAGCACCUCACCCAGAACCCGCUCUACAACCUGUGCUCCUUGGCCGACCUGCUGGCCCGCCCCGACUUCGAACCCAAGCUCGAGGCCAAGUUCCGGCUCGCCGCCAACCUCGCCAACACCGUCUUCGACAUGCACGCCCGCGGCAUCACCCACGGCAACCUCGUGGGCGACAACAUCUCGUUCUGCAAUGCCGUCGGCACCGACCCCGAGGUCAGCGGCAUCACCCAGGGCGAAGUCGACAUCAGGCGGCCCCUGCUCUCCUCCUUCGACCUCUUCACCGACCCGCUGUCGCAGGACACCCCGAGACCCUUCUCUCUGUACAGACACCCCCUCGAUCCCAGAAACAGCGCCCAAUCGCCGCUGGCCAACAAUGCCGACUCCAAAACGUUCGAUCUCUACUCGCUCGCCAUGGUCCUCUUGUCCGUCGGUCUCUGGACCAAGCUCGAGAACCUGGUGCCCAACAUGGAGUCGCCCACCCUGCCCGAGUCGGUCUUGGAGACGCUCGCCAUCCGCUGCGGCUCGCUGUAUAUGAAGGCGGUGCAGACCUGCUGGAACGCCGUCGACCAGGAGAUGUCCGGCGGCCUCGUAACCGAGCAGGUCGUGUCGCGCGCCCAGCUCAAGGCGAGCCGCUACCUCGAGGCCUGCUGCAUCCUCGACGGCGUCAGCAAUUUGGAGGAGCGGCUCGGCGACGACCUCGGCGAGCCCCGGCCGGAACCAGCGCCGCCGAUCACGGCGGGCCCCUCAGUGCGCAAAUCCGACAAGGCACGAGAAGCGCGAGCCGAGAGCAAACCGGAGCAGACCGCCGUUCCCACCCAGAUCGCGCGGGCCGACAGCCAAGUCGACGAAUCCACGAAGCCGUCCAAGAAGACGCGGCUUUACCCCCAAAUACCCCUGCCGCCUGACAUCAUCGAGAAAUGGAACACCGUGUUCAUGCCGCAGAUCAACGGUGCUCUGCGCCACUUUUACCGGAAGAACCCCGAGUCGGUCGAGAUUUCACUGGAAUCCAUCGGCGAGAGCCCGCAGAGGACCAAGCCGACCGUGCUCGUCGUCUGCACCUCGGUGGGCAAGGUGAAGGCAAUCUUGAAGAAGAAGCUGGGCGACCUCUUCGACGGGCCCGCGGGCGUCGCGCUCAAGGUGUGCCGGGGCCAGGUCCUCCGCUCGCGGAAGCAGCCGAGCCGGAGCAUGGCCAAAGCCGUCGACGACGGCCAGGAGGAAGUGAUGGCGGCCAACCCGGACUUUCAGGAACGGCCAAAGAACGGCGCGAGCAUCGGCGCCUGGAUCGGCGACCGCCACCUGCCUCCCGUCAGCCUCGGCGGCCUCAUCACGGUGGACGACAGGCAAUACGGGAUGACGGUUCACCACAUGCUGGAUGACCCGGACCAGGCGGCAGCGGCGGGGAAAGACGGCGCGCCGAGGAGCAUGGCCGGCCCGAGGACAGACUUGGCGGCGUGGUACGCAGACCAGUACCAGCACGGCGAUGACGACCCCGACAGCAGCGGCAGCGAAGACUACGCCUGCGAGUUUUCGGAUUCGGAAACCGACGACACCCUCUCCGAAUCGGCCAUCACCAGCGACUACUCGGACGAUGAGGAGGAGGAAGACGAGUUCGAGCCCGGCGACAUCCCCGGAGUCGAGCCGGGGUGCGGAGAGGGCUACAUCAUCACCCAGCCCGCGCUCGACGACGUCCCCGACGGCUUUUACCCGUCCGCCGAGACCGAGGACGAAGACCACCUUGACACCUACACCGUGGGCGAGGUGUACGCAUCGAGCGGGAUCCGGCGGCGGACCGAAAACGGCCUGCUGCACGAGAUCGACUGGGCGCUGUUCGAGUUCAGCGACGACCGCGCGCCCGAGGGCAACCUCAUCCCGAACGUCCCGCCGGCCUCCAAACCCAGGCGCCUCUCGUGGCAGAGCGAGGCCGCCGACGACCCCGUCGUCGUCCACCCCACCUCGGUCGUGCCCUCGUCCAGCCUGCCCGGGCUCGAGGUGCAGUGCAUGGCGCGCACGAGCGGCCUGCAGAGCGGGCUCGUGCUGCAGGCGGUCGCGUCGGUCAAGAUCUACGGGCGCGUCUCGCCCAGCCAGAUCUACCAGGUGUCCGGCACGCAGCAGCCCGCCGCACCGGCCCCCGCGCCCGGCCGCGCCGCCCUGCCGAUGGGCAUCCCUGGGGACAGCGGGGCGUGGGUGGUGGACCGCGACCAGGGCGCCGUGUGCGGGCACAUACUGGCGUGGAGCGAGCGCAAGCGCGUCGCCUACAUCUGCCCGAUGGACGUGCUGAUGCUGGACAUCGCCGAGACGCUCGAGGCCAACGAGAUCCGGCUCCCGGGGGGCGAGGUCAUCUUCUCGCGCAAGUCGGCCCGCCCCUACCCCGCCCACGCCCGCAUGUCGACCCAGUCGAGCCGCUUCAGCCGCAUGAGCGGCCUCAGCAGGGUGUCGGAGCAGGUGUCGGAGCUCGACGAGGACGACGAGCAGUCGCAGCGGACGCCGAGCCUGGUCUCGCCGCUGCAGAAGCGGCUGUCGAACCGCCGGUCGCAGUUUAGUCAGCGGGGCUCGUAUCUGGCGCAGCAGCGGGAGCAGGAGCACCAGCACCAGCACCAGCAACAACAGCAGCGGGGUAGUGUCGUGGGCAAGGAUGAUGAUGAUGAUUCUUAUGACGAGGCGGUCGAGGUGGAACUGCCCAAGGACUUCCAGGAGAUGCAACUAUCGGAGCAGGACGUCAUGAUGAGGUGGAUUGCUUGAUACCACGGGUUUUCUUUUUUUUUUUAUAAUUAUUUCAUUGUAUUUUAUUUGCAAUUAGCGUAUUUGCAUCACAUCACAUAGCGCUUCGUAUAAUUCACGAUCAUGUACAUGAGUUGCUUCAGCUGCCUAUCACCGUUCUGACUCUUGAUUGUGACUCUGGGAAUAGAUGCUACCUGCAUGACUCGACAACAUCAUAACCGGCAAGGAAACA